CAAAUGUCAACGGCUAGAAACUGGAAGAUUGGGAGGGAAAUCGGAGAAGCUGUGAUCAAAGCGUCGAGAAACCCUAAUCGGAGAUGGUACGGGCCUCACAUGGCGGCCGCAGCUCGGGCCAUUUCCGAUCGUAUCCCAUUGGUCGAUUUCGUUCUUGAGAUCAGAGACUCUCGUAUUCCUUUUUCGUCUGAGUACGAGUUGUUGAGAAAGUUUACUGCUUUUUCCUUGAGAAGAAUCAUUGUGUUGAACAAGAUGGAGCUGGCAGAUUCUUUCGGAUUGAAGGAGUCCAUGGAUUACUUUGAGCGGCGAAACUGUCCCUCCUAUGCAGUGAACUCGCAUAACAAAGAAUGUGUCAAGCAAUUUCUCAACUUUUUGCAUAGUAAAGUUAGGGAACUGCACAAGAGUGGCCAUACAAAUCAUACCACAACGUUCAUGCUUCUCGGGAUUCCUAACGUUGGGAAGUCUGCUCUUGCCAAUGCUCUGCAUCAGAUUGGGAGGAUUAGCGCUGCGGAAAAAGGAAAGCUGAAGCAUACAGUAGUCAGUUCGGAACCGGGAAAUACUAAAGACAUUACCAGCUUGAAGAUCGGUAGUCGUCCAAACAUCUAUGUAUUGGACACACCAGGCAUUUUGCCUCCUAACCUUCAAGAUGCUGAGAUCUGCUCAAAGCUGGCGUUGACAGGAGCCAUCAGGGAUGAUCUAGUUGGGGAGAUAGAACUAGCACAGUUCUUUCUGACUGUUCUCAACUCGGGUCAUGAAUACAAGAGAUGGGCAAAACUCUGCAAGUCUGAGGAUGAAACAGAACAUCUUAACAAUGGCACCCCCAAGUUGGAUACUAUGAAUAAGAGGCAAUACCCCACAGAUCAUACGCAGGAUUUCAUAGUCCGUGAUGUCCGUAGGGUUCUGUAUCAAACCAUAUCAGCAUUCGAUGGAAAUUUAGAAGACGAGAUUGACAUGGAAAAUCUUGUGAAGUCUCAAUUCGCAGCGUUAAGAACCGUUCUUAGGGUUUCUGCCGAGGCAGGUGAGUAUGCUGAUCUCAUAGUUGCUUCCAAGUUACUGAAUCUAUAUAGAACUGGUAGACUUGGACAGUACACAUUGGAACAUGUUUGAAUGUCUCUGCUGUAUCUAAAACAUGAUUAGCUUGUUGUAAUGAUUUGUUGAUUGAGUUUU